AUGUGGUGGUCACCACCGAGGCUAUGCCUCUACUCGAGCGGACACAAGGCCUGCCUGAGGUCAGCUUCUGGCCACUAUCUGGUUGGCGAGGACGGUGUUAUACGCCCAGAGAGUCACCACCACGGCGAUCAUGGCAUCUUCAUCAUCAAACAUCUCUACGACGACGUGGUGGAGAUCAAGAACGCCCACUCUGGAAAGUACGUGGCCAUCGAUGACACUUAUGUGUACCUGACACACGAGCACCACGAGCACAACACCAAGUUCCACAUGGAGCAUCAUCAGGGGCGUGUCGCGUUCAGGGUCAAGUACCACAACAAGUACCUUGGCGUCCAUUACUACGAGCACAAGGUCCACGCGCACCACGAGCGCACCGAAGCCGAACUCUUCACCGAGGAAAUCUUGUGGUGA